AUGUUGGUUGCUCCUACUACACCGGCUCCUCAUCCACAUCCUCUUGUACGCUUGUGGCCCCAAAGCAUCAUCUUCGGCUAUCACAGCCGUUGUCGCAGCCACAGCCACAGCCACAGCCACAGCCUCUUCGAAUUGAAAUUGAAUAGUAGCAGUGAUAGGGUUUUGGCUUUGGUUAGAGCUGGCCCCGACUUUCAAGCCUCUGCUUCUCCCUCUCAGCUUUUUGAUGAUCAUCACACUGCUUCUCCUUCUCCUCCUUCAAAUAAGGAUGAUGCAGGUAUUGAAACUAAGGGAAUAGCUGCAAGUUUUGGGAAACUAAAAGCACACAAGUUAAAACUUCUCGCCAGAAAGGCAAAGCAACAACUUACCAAACAUCAACAUUUUCGAGACACACUAGUUGUAACCGAGGAAGCGGAGGCGGAGGCGCAGGCAGAAAGAGAAAAAGAAACCACCAGGAGGGCUUCCAACUUACCCGUCAAGCGUGUUAAUAAGACGUCAAGUCAUGAAAUCAAACCUCCAAAAUCCGAUUCCAAAAUGGCUGGAUCACAUGUUUUAGUUCCGCGACCUUCUUCGUCUUCCUACUCAAGACGUUCUUCUUCUUCCCACUCAAGAGGUUGGGGUAAAGGAGUCGACUCCAGAUCAACACAAGUUUCUGUGGAACGAGGACAUGAGAAUGACUUCUUCAGUAGAAAAUCAUUUAGAGACCUGGGAUGCACUGACUUUAUGAUUGAGUCUUUAAAAGGGCAGGUAUUCGUGCGCCCUUCACAUAUUCAGGCCAAGGCUUUUGCACCUGUAAUUGACGGGAAGAGCUGUGUUAUAGCAGACCAAAGUGGAUCAGGGAAGACAUUGGCAUAUCUCAUACCUUUAAUUCAGCGUCUGAGGCUAGAAGAACUCCAAGGACUAGGUCAAUCCUCAUCACAAAGUCCUCGAGUACUUAUAUUGGUGCCAACUGCUGAGUUGGCUUCACAGGCAGCUGUUAGAGUUGCUGUUGGUGGGAAUAGGACUAGCUUUCCUUACAUAACAUAUUCAAGUGCCAUCCUCCUGGAUUUAGCAGUUAAAGGAAUAGGAAUAGCUCUUGUUCACGACUAUGCCACCGUUGAAUCUGUUGAGUUUGCUCCUAUUGUAGAUAACAGCAAGGCAGCUUAA